AUGCUGCUCACACUGAAGCCUGCCUCUCAGAACGGAGUUAAAGGUCCUCAUGAGUACUCCAUUGUUCGCCAGUCCGUUCCAACCCCACGGUCAUCCCCGCCCCCCGUGCCUGACCUGCCAGCAGCGGUCACCGCGCCCCCAAGUUCCUCUGCGGACCGCUCCAUGGACCCCUCGCGCUCUGGAUUGCCGCCUCCUGCCUCGUUAACCUUACCGCCACCCAAUGUGGGCUUUGCCAAUGUAUCUGGCUCUGCCAUGAACCAGCCACUCCCGCCGCCCCCGGGUCAAUGGCAGUCCUCGGAUGACUCCAUGCGACAAUGGCUCCAGGCCAAAGCGGAGGAGGAUCGGAGGAAGCAGGAAGAAGAGAAGACGCGCCAAGAGACCCUACGACUCGAACAGCGGAGGGUCGAGCAAAGCAUGCUUCGUGAUUCCUUACAGGCCGGUGUCCCACCCCAGAUGAUCCCGCUCAUCUUCGCCGGCAUCAGUCCCGGCGGUCUGCCGGCAUCGAUGCUCGAACUCACUCAACAAUACCUUACUCAACCCUCGGCAGCGCGCAGUUCGGCUCCUCAGAUGCCUGUCAUGUCUCAUGCACAUCCCCAUGUUCAGCGUCGGCCUACGCAUGUCCGUCAAGACUCCCGUACCAUCCCUUCAAAUGCUUAUGUUGCUCCACCGGUGCACCCUCAAACUGUGCCUCCUCCAGGAGUCCUGCUAUCCCAGCCAUUGCAUGCCGUUGGAGCCUCUCCUACCCCGCAACCGCUGGGUCGUCCGUCAGUAUCCAAUGGCCCCGCUGAUCCACGCUUUACUGUUGCGGCUAUCCCUCGCAUGAACCCGGGAGAGUCACAGCUCCAACCCCCCAUUAAUCUCAGCAAUGUGCACUAUGCCCCGGGAUCGUCUAUCCCGUCAACUCAGCCGCCCCGGGGCAAGUCAGAUUCUUCGGUUCGCCGGUCCCCACCAUCCCUAUACUUCCACCACUGGGUUCCUCCAGGCCAGACGACAGGACAUGCGCCACCGGGAAGAGGCAGGCAGGAAUCACCGGGUACCGUGCAGGGAUCUCGUCAUGUGGACUCCAAUGUCUCCCCCGGACGGAAGAGAAAGGCCCAUGGGGCACACCAUCCAGCUCCAUUGCCCUCGUCUCGUCUCCCAGAAUCCUUUCCUGGCUCCUCGCAGACAUCUCAGCCAGGGUCUCCGGGCCCAGAAUACCACAUUGAGCAAGCAGCACCACCGACACACCACCAUCACUCUCUUCCAAGAUCGAGUGACGCGUCUGCUUCGUACCAGAUUCUGGCGGAAGAUGUGAAACGUGAGCACCGCAGUCGAGGUACUAGCCCGACUCACUCAUCAGAACGUAUGAUUGUGGACGAUGCUAGACCGACAGAACGUGAUCGAGCAGAUGAGGAGGAACAUUAUCAAGAGACAACUACUUCUGCAGGACAUGCUUCACCCCACACAGCUCGGGUACAGCGCAGUGAAGCAGCAUCUUAUCACGAUCCUCGCAGCAGUCCUGCCCGUUCACCAACAAGGACUCUGCAGCCGUCCAAAGAGUAUAAUCUCGCCUCGGAAGACUAG